UUUGUGACAAAUUGAUACUCAUAUAAUGUAUCAAAUUGUAAUACAUUUUUAAUCGGUUUUAAACAUUGGUGAUAUAACACCUCUAUUUUUUCCUGUUUACAGGUUCAAUGACUGUUAUCCUGUCGGUGUUGGCUGUAUUGAUAGCUCUAUCAUACACGGAAGCAGCUGGCACCUGCCCGCUAGCUUCAAAGGUGUACGGCUGCAGUCCUAAAUGUAUACAAGACUAUGAGUGCACCCACGGCAAGGUCUGCUGCGCUAACUCCUGCAAUGCCAAGUCAUGCGUGGAGCCGGCGCCUUACGGAGGAGCUGGUGGGACAGGCAGCUCCAAUAAAUAUUCAAGCGGCAGUGGUGGCAGCGUUUACUGCGACAACGCCAAAUGUCAAUCUGGAGAAGUGUGCAAAAUGGACCCUAAGACCAAGAGGAAUAAGUGCAGUCGCCCUUAAACUAAUUAUAAUAAAUUUAUUUUCAUAAUCCAUAUGAAAUCCUUUGUUUGCGUUUUACUCAAAAUCUACGGCGCACAUCGGGUUACUAUAAUUUUUCAAACUAUAUGCAAUAGAUUUAGAACUCUAUCCUCGAGUUUUUCAGAUUUCAAAUUAAGUGGGAAACAAGGCAAUAAGUAUUGUUUUAUCAAACUGCUAU